CUUCCUCGCAGAGGUUUGUGCUAUCGAGGAGUGAUUUUUGCAAUCUGCCAAACAGACGCCAUACCUUCGCAUUAUGCUGACGCAGGAUGACGGGGACACAAUUAUGGUGACAUUGGCGAUCGGGAAAUCUUACCACCUUGCAAAUAAACUUUAUAAGGUCGGCCAAGUUUACUGCUUCCCACGUGGCAUGUUCGAGAUCCGUCCGCGUAAUCCAGUCUUCCAAUCCUGGUCAAGUUAUCCAUACGAUUUGUUGUUUGUCAACGAUUCUCGUAAAAAAGAAUCCCCCAAAAUAAGCCACCGUCCUUCUGUGGAGAAUGAUGUUGAAAGUGUUGUCUCAUCUCGUCAUCAAAUAUGCAGAACAUCGCUGAACGCUGACACGGACAACAACUGGAGGGGAAGGAGACGUGCAUGA